AUGGGCUGUUCUUCGGAAGAAAUUUCCGAGGUGAGCGACUCAGAGAUCGGCGAUUACGAAGCCAAAUCCUACUCCGAGCUUGAGAAUGGAAGGCAUCCUGUUAGAAACCCUAAUGGCACCUACCGGUGCCCCUUCUGCGUUCGGAAGAAGAAGAAGCAGGCCUACAUUCGCCAGCAAAUCCUCCAGCACCCCUCCGGCAUCGGAGCAUCUAACCGGAGAGCGAAGGAGAAGGCAAACCAUCGCGCCCUCGCCAGGUACCUGACUACCAGCAAUCAGAAUCCAGAGGAUAACCAGAUGCUUCCUCCCAAGCUUCAGGAAGAAGACGACCAGUUCGUGUGGCCAUGGAAGGGGAUCUUGGUGAACGUUCCCACCGAGGUCGAGGAAGGAAGAGGGCUGAAAGCGGAGCUAUCCGAUCUCAAUCCUCUGAAGAUCCGUGCUCUGUGGAACUCCACAGGUCACACCGGAACAGCCAUCGUCGACUUCCGCGGAGACUGGUCCGGCCUGAAGGACGCCAUGACAUUCGAGAAGCAUUUCGAGAAGCGAUCCAGGGGAAGGAGCGACUGGUGCGACCGCCAUGGCUUCCGCAGAGAGGGGAUCCACGGAUGGAUCGCGAGGGCUGAGGACUAUAAUCUGGUUGGCGCCAUUGGAAGGCACCUGAGGAAGAAGGGCGACCUGAAAACCAUCGCUGAGCUCUCCAAGGAGGGGUCCGAGAAGAAGGAGAAGCUUGUGGCCGCCUUGAUGAACCAGCUAGAAGCUUCCCACACUCGCCUACAGGAAUUGGAGAGCAGGUACUCCGAGUGUGCCCUCUCUCUCGAUCAGAUGAUGGAACAGAGGGACAAACUACAUCGCGCAUACAAUGAAGGUUCGAUUAUAUUGAAGCUGGAUUUUAGCUUAUGAUGACCGAUCAUCUCUAUGCUCCAAUCCUCGCUGGUUCUUGCGCAAUGCUCAGAAAAACAAAACAAAAAAUAGAUUCCGUUCAUGAUAUCCUUCUUUCUGCUCGCCAGAGAUGCGAAAGAUACAAGCGUUCGCGCACGAUCAAUCUCGAAGAGUUCUCAAGGAAAAUGAAGAUCUCAGAGGGCAGUUAGAUUCCAAGAAGAGAGAAGUCGAGGAGCUCAUACACUCGCUGAUGAACACGAAAAGGUGCCGGCGCAGUCGUGUUUCUUUUUCUGGGUUAUAUCUGGACGUAAUUUAUUUUAGUUCUCAUGUUCAGUUCUUUCUCAAUUCAUGCAGGAAGCGAUGGAAAAUAGUUCGGGUCUACCGGCGACUCAGGAACCAGAGAAGGAUGAUGAAAUUUCUGAUGAUACCUUGA